AUGACCAAAAGCGAUUACUCUCAGGACAAAACGAGUUUCCUUGGAGGCUUUUUUGGUCCUGUCUGUGAGAUUGAUGUUGUCCUUAAUGAUGCUGAAACACGAAAACCAGCCGAGAUCAAAACAGAAGAUGGUAAAAUAGAAAAGCACUAUCUCUUCUAUGAUGGCGAGUCUGUUUCUGGAAAGGUGAACAUCUCCUUUAGGCAGCAUGGGAAGAGGCUAGAGCACCAAGGAAUUAGAAUUGAAUUUGUAGGACAAAUUGAGCUCUUCAAUGACAAAAGUAACACCCAUGAAUUUGUAAACUUAGUAAAAGAACUGGCCUUACCUGGAGAACUGACCCAGAGCAGAAGCUAUGACUUUGAAUUCAUGCAGGUUGAGAAGCCAUACGAGUCAUACAUUGGUGCCAACGUCAGACUGAGGUAUUUCCUAAAAGCAACAAUAGUAAGACGGCUGACAGACCUGGUAAAGGAGUAUGAGCUCAUAGUUCACCAGCUUGCUACCUACCCAGAUGUGAACAACUCAAUUAAAAUGGAAGUAGGCAUUGAGGACUGCCUGCACAUAGAGUUUGAAUACAAUAAAUCCAAGUAUCACUUAAAGGAUGUGAUUGUUGGAAAAAUUUACUUCCUCUUAGUGAGAAUAAAAAUUCAGCACAUGGAGCUGCAGCUGAUCAAAAAGGAGAUUACUGGAAUUGGGCCCAGUACCACAACAGAGACUGAAACCAUUGCAAAGUAUGAAAUAAUGGACGGUGCACCAGUUAAAGGUGAAUCAAUUCCUAUAAGACUGUUCUUAGCAGGCUAUGACCCAACUCCUACAAUGAGGGAUGUAAACAAAAAGUUUUCAGUGAGGUACUUCUUAAAUCUAGUGCUUGUGGAUGAAGAAGACAGACGAUACUUCAAACAACAGGAAAUAAUUUUGUGGAGAAAAGCUCCCGAGAAACUGCGGAAACAACGAACAAACUUUCACCAGCGAUUUGAAUCGCCAGAAUCACAAGCAUCUGCUGAGCAACCUGAAAUGUGAACUGGUAUGAGGUGAAAAACUCUUGCAGUGCUUCAGCAGGUUAAAGAUGGCAGCAGCCUGUGGGAAACGAAGGCCAAAAUUCCCAUUACAACUGUCUUCCUUCAUCUUGCAGUGCUGCAUUUGCCAUACUACUAAAAUAUUCUUCAGUUAAACAUUCAAGUAUGUAUAUACAUUUAAAAUAAAGUGCUUUCUCAAACACUGGAA